AUGCCUGAGACCGUCGAAAUUCCCAUUCGCACCGGCACUGCCUUCACCUUGAACAAGGGACAACGCCUGACGGUGAUUGAUCCUAAAGGUGUACAAGUCUCUGACCUCGUUGCCUUCAACCGUCAUGAUCCAGACGAAGUCAUCAGCAACGGCAGGACACUCGACUACGCGAGUCGAAUCUACCUCACCACCGGCGAUCCGCUGUACUCAAACCGCAGUAAUGUCAUGCUCAAAAUAGUCGCCGACAACUCUCCUGGCAAGCACGAUUUUCUGUUAACGCCAUGCUCAAAAGACACCUUCCGCAUUAUCUAUGGUGACAAGGAGCCACACCAAGGAUGCUUCGGCAACAUUGCUGGAGCCAUUGAGCAAUUCGGCAUCUCAUCCGACCGCAUACCUUGCGCGUUCAAUUGUUUCAUGAAUGUCACUGUCGACUCGGAUUCGGGAGAGCUCAAGGUGCUGCCCCCAAUCACCAAGGCGGGUGACAGCAUCGAAUUCGUGGCCGAGAUGGACCUGAUCAUCGCUUUGACCGCUUGUUCGGCCCUGCAGUCGAAUGGCGGAUCAUUUAAGCCAAUCCAAUACAAAAUCAGCGAUUGA